CAUUUGGCCUAUGUUCCCAUCAAACACGUACGCGGAAACGUGCACCCUCCUAGUAAGACUUCUAUCGCUUACCUCUUCACUGCGGUCCCUCGAGCUCAGGGGCCCAUCCCCUCCUGCCUGGCCGAGGCUCCUCUCCGACACCCUACAUUUCCCUCAGUUUGCACCCUGCCUCGUGGCGAUCAAGUCUGACGAUGCUGAAGACGUCACAUCGUUGGCAAGAUGCAGGCGGCUCGAAGCCAUCUUCAUCACUUCUUGGCUCGACCAAGAACGUUACGAUGUUCUCCUGCAAGCCGCCGGUGAUAGCUCCGAUGCCUUGGCGUAUCUGCAGCUCAGCCUCAAGGUGGACAACAUUCACGGCAUCCUCGCGGCAUUCCACACACUCGCUACGCGCUUUCCAAGACUAUUGGUGCUCUGCGUGCAGUUCGACCUCGGGCCGGGCUGGACAGAGCGGCCGUUGUCUUGGGGCACACUCAACGCGGCCCUAGCCCAGAUGGGCGCGGCGCUGCGUGGUCUGCACCACCUGCACACCAUCUCGGUGACAGUCUUUCCGGAGCCCAUGCCCAAUCUCGGCGAAAACAAGCGGGCGAUCCGGGUGCUCGGCGAGCACUGUGACACGCUGCGCCACGUUGAGGUUCGUUGGCUGAGGAGGGACGGAGUCGAAUAUCGGGAAUUGUCGUCUAGCAACGGGCUGCUCCGUGGGCAGUGGGCGUAUACGCAGUCGCUGGCGAUGUAGGACUCGUACGAAGUUAUCAGUCAGACUCGCGAGCGGUUGCCUUCCCACUUCCCUGUCAUCCGACUCAUCACAUUCGCUUAUUUAUGCUACUUGCUUAUUUAUGCUGCUUACUUAUCUCUAGCUCGUCAUACGUAGUCACCUCCUGUAUUCUGUA